UCCCGUGUGGCAGCCUCGAUCGGCGCAGGACUAAUUAUGGGGGUUUACUCGACCGCACAAAGCUAAUUAACGGCCUAUACUUAGCAGCAUUCACUGCGUGCAAUCAUCCGAAAUGCCCCUGUCAGAUGGCUUGCCCCGCAAUAAACCAACUCCAACGACAUGCACCUGCACCACUCAGCGUCCUCUCCCACGCGGAGGCAGCCCAUCACGCCUUCGACCCAUCGCUUCUGCAUGUCGUGCCAUGCCAGCCCGUCGCGUCACACGGAAGCUGCCCCCCCCGCGUAACUCGGAAAACAUCAUCGACCGACCUGCCCCCUUUGGUCAACCACGCGGAUUAUCUCUUGGUCUUGCCCAGCUAGCUCGUCGUCCAGGUCCCGCAGUGGAAAUGACUACGAUAAACGUGAACGGGAAUUGGACCAGCUCCACGAAUAGAUUCGAGAAACAGCCGCAUAUUGCGGUGCUACGAGUCACUGUGCAUCCAUCGGUAACGACACCGAGGCCAGGCACCGCUAUCGUACCGCAGAAGCUCCGGCUAUCUACGCACCCAAAUGUGCUAUUCUUCAAGGCAGAUUGCAGUCAAUGAUCUGCACAUUUGGCUAAGGCCCUCAGCAACGUUCGGGACGGACAGUUAUCGCAGCCGCUGCAAGUGUUUCCUAGGCUGCUCCCGGAUGCAGCACGAUUCUGCCCCGCGAGGAGGUUGGGACAAGAGGAGGCCAGCGCACGUCACCCCGGUCCGCAAAGCUCACAAGUCGACAUGGUAAUCUGUCUCUAGUACUAAAUGGGUCAUUUAACUUGCUAAAGUCGUUGCGGGGGCCAUCCAGCCG